AUGGGCAAUGGAUAAUGUUAACAAACAAAUCUAAAAAGUGAAGUUAAUAUGAUAAUCACUGAAGAGAAUGUUCAUUCUGAUGAAUCUGAACAUAAUCUUACCUCCAAAAUUACAGAUAGAGUUUAUAAAGUUAAUUUUGUUAGAAAUGAACUCAUGUAAAGGUUGUAAUCAAUCAGCUAAGAAACGUAAAAUAUUUUAAAUAUUACAUAGAAUAGUUUAUUAUAUGUCACAGAGCUAAUAUUAUAAUUAAAUAAAUAUACUUGUACAUAGUUAAAAACUAUGAUGGUAGGAGCACAUAAAACAUAUCAAAUACUUAUUUAAGCUAUUAUUAAAAUGAAACCAGAAAAUAAUGAAAUAACUCCUGUUUUGAGUGAGGAAUAUAAUAAUUUUAAGCUAUUUUAUGAAUUAUAAACAUAACCAGCUUAAUAAUUAUAUUAUCGACCUGUUUAUAAUGAAGAGUAUGAAAUUGUUAGAGAGAUUAGAGUCAAAAGGAUUAAAAAUUAUGUAAUAAAAGAAGAUUAAGUAAAAGAUCUUUAAAAAGCAUAAUAAAGAUUAGAAUAUUGGAUACAAUUGAGUCAAAAAAAGCAUCCAAAUUUAUUAAAUUUAAGGGCUGCAGUAAUUUAAAAUAAUGUAUGUAAAUAUGUAACUGAUUAUAUUGAUGGGAUAACUUUAGAUAAAUUUCAAAAUAAGAAUAUUUAAACGAGAGAGAAAAUAAAAAUGAUGCAAUAAAUGAUUGAUGCAUUAAGGAUGCUGCAUUCCCAAUAAUUAGUUCAUGGUGAUAUAAAACCUUCUAAUUUUAUGGUUACUUAAUAAUAUUAAGUAAUUUUAUUAGAUCUUGAUCAAUUAGGAGCAGAAAGACAAUCUGCUGAUAUGACAUAUUUGUAUUCAUAUAGGGAUGACUAAUGUCCAACUUUUUAAGGAGAUGUAUGGUCUCUUGGAUUAUGCAUUUAUUCAUUAUUUUUGGGAUAAAGAAUAGAAAAAAAUUGGACAAUUGAGGAUUAUAAGGGUAGAGAUUUUCCUGCUUUUAAUAUUAAAUCUUAUGGAGCUGUUGAAUAGAUUUUAGAUGGUUGCAUUAUAGAUAAUCCAAAAGAUAUAUGGUACAUUAGUACUUUAAGUAAACAAUUAUGA